CCACAAUAAACGCUUCUCAAAUGCAUGCUGGUUGUAAUUUGAGCCAGAAAAUUGUUGGCUUUUUCAUCACGUACCAAGUACAAUAUCAAACAGAGAUUCAAGCAAAUUAUUAUUGCAUGUUAAAAAAAUUCGAAUACGUGUUACCGCACAAUUUUGCGUCAUUUUUCGCAUACCAAACUUCUUUUGCAGUAAUACUUUCAAAAUUAUUAUUUUUUAAACUUUUAUUGAAUUUGCUAAAGUUUUUUGCAAAAAUAAAAAAACGAACUUGAAUUGUAUUGAAUAAAAGCUUUGAAUCAAUAUAGUUAUUAAUUAUUUUGAAGUUUGCGAGCAUUAACUAAAAAUGAUUCCGUUGAGUUUUUUAUUUCGUUGAAUUUUAUAUGUAGGGGUAGAUGUUGAAGAAUUAUUAAUACCAGUAAUUCCUUGAUUUCUACGAAAAGAUCAUUUACUAUCAAAUAACUUCUGGGAAUUAGUUUCUAAUAGUUUAUUGGGGGCCGUUAUGCCGAGUGCUAAUUCGGCCAAGAUGCCCGAGGUUAAAAGGAAGCCCAUGUCAACCCCCGCCCUGUACCAGAAACACUAUGGCUACAAAGCAGACAUAGAGGAACAGAUUCGGAACUACCAGGCGCCUUCUAAGGAGCUAAUGGACAAGAUGCGACGAAGUCGAAAGUGCGUUCGGCCGAUAGAUCUGGACGAGAAGCAGUUGAAUGUGCUAAAUGGAGAAAGCUACAAGCGACUCAUGGGUCAGUAUGAGAAGUUGCGUGUGGUGGAGAAAAAGAGUGGGGAGUUGGUGAAAAAACUGACAGAUGGCCACAAUGCACUCCCUGAACUGGAGAGAGAGCAACACAAGCAGAGACACAUUCGCUUAUCUAUCAGGGAAAUGGAGCAUUCGCAAUCAAUACGAAACCUUCUCGUGCGCCGAGAAAAAGAGUACCGACGCCUAGUCGCCGAGGGCAAAAACGUUCCCAGAGCCUCCGUCCUUGAAAUAGUCGGUGAAGAUGCCGCCGACCAGUUCGACGGAAUCGGAGCCACAGCCUCCGAGAACCGAAAAGCACGAUUGCUGAUUCGGUUCCGAAACAUCUGUCUCCGAAUCGCCAACGAGUUCCGAGCACGACUUGAGAUCAUUGAGGAGAAGAAACGAAAAAGAGCGAUUCGGGAUAAUGUUGCGAGCACUAAAAAAUUCGCGAAUCUGCUGGAGGCGGUGAGGGCACUCGGAUUUGCACCCGAGGGCGAAAAAAAGGAGGAUACUUGGAACCAGGUGCAAAAUUGUCGCUACUUGAGGGGCCAUGAACCGAAAAAUAUGAAGAUGCCAAAACAUGGAAUGCUCACACAGUUCGUGUUCGGUGGUGAAGAAAUCCAAGAAGAAGACGAAUAAGACCCAAGCAAAAUAAACGCUUGAAAUAUCGAUUCUACUGAAUUUUUCUUUUCUGAUGACAGGGAGAGAUGUUAUUGUUUUUAGACUAAAAACUCUACUUUCAAAUGGAACCUUUAUUAGUAUAACCAUUUUUACAGCAUCGUAGAAUAUAAAAACAAAUCUUACUGAAAACUAAUUAGGCUAACAAAUUAUUGUUUGAUUGGAAUCAAUAAUUAAC